CCAAUAAAUUUUUGUAUAUAUACUGCAGUGGUUUUAUUAAAACAAUCGAUUGUAUGCCGAACACAAUCGAUUGUUCUCAUCAGCUCGAUUUAUGAUUUUGUAUUGAUUGUAUACACACACACACACACCUGAAUUUUUUUUUUUAUUCUCUAAAAAUAUUCUGCACAGAAUUUUUUUUUUGUUUGCUCAUUUUUAUAGCCAAUUUAAUUUCUAUAAUCAAAUUUCAUCGAUUAAUUAAUUUUCAAUUAAUUAUGGCUCAUACAAUUGUUUUGUUUCAACCGGGAAAAGUGGAAACACGUACAUAUUGGGAUUUUGAAUCAUUGAAUGAUGCACUUGAAUAUAUUUGUCAUCUUUAUGAAUUACAUCUAAAAGAAGAUAAUCCUGGAAUGACAUCGAUCACUUAUGAUAUUUCACAAUUAUUCGAUUAUCUUGAUUCAUUGACCGAUCUCAGUUGUUUGGUAUUUCAACGUGCAGCCAAUCUAUAUGCACCAUUUCCACGUGAUUGGAUUAAAGAGAAAAUAUUUAUAUUUCUAAAACGUGAAGCAAGUAAAAAUUCAAAUUCUACAAAUAAUAAUAAUAAUAGAAUGCAAUCAUCAUAAUAAUUUUUAUAUAUUGUGUGAAAAAAAGUACAAUUGUAAAAUAUCGUCUGAACAUAAAUAAUCAUCACCACUUCAAAUUAGAAAAUGAUGAUGAUUUAAACUGAUCGAUUGAUGACUGUAUUUAACCACCACCACCUACACAAACAUAAUAAUUGAAUUUAAAAAAAAUCCAAAUUGAUAAUCCAAUCUAAUUUAUUAUCAAUGCGAUAUGAUGAUCCACUUGAAAACGAUGGUUUGGUUUUUUUUUUUUCUAUUCUUUGUCUACUCAUUAUAAUCACAUUAUCAUUUUUUUCACUGAU